AUGCGAUCGAAUUUAAAGCAUCGGCUCGAUGAUGAACAGUCGGAGCCGCCUUUGUUUGAUUUUGAUAUUGAUGAAGCAAAUGAUGCGGAUAGUGAAACUAUGACUGAUGUUGGAGAAACACCAUUACAUAAUGAUUUACAACAGCAGACUUUAACUCGAAUUCAAUUAGAACAAUUAUUCUCUCGAGCCAGUUCUGCAUUAGUUGCAGAAACAACCAAUGAUCAAGAGUCUUUUAAACGUAAAACAACCAUAAAAGUACCAAAAACAAGUAAGAUGAUAACAACGCCGUUUCCACCCAUUCAAUCAGAUCGUCAAGAAGAUUUCGAUAUUAGUAUUGAAGAACUAAAACAGUUUGCUCAAAAACCGGUAGGUCAACUAAUUAUUGACAGAUAUUCUCCUGAUGACAAAGAAAUUUAUUAUGCGUUAUCAACUGUUACAUUAACAUUUAAUCAACCCAUGAUAAGUAUUUCAUCAUUAGAUGAACAGACGAAUCCAGAAGAUCUAGGUAUAUCAUUAAUACCAAAAGUUCAAGGUCAAUGGAGAUGGAUAGAUACGAAAACAGUUCAAUUUGAAGCAAAGCAUCGUUUUCCAUAUUCAACCAAGUAUACAUUAACAGUGGACAGAAUUCGUUGCGUAUCAGCUAUUGGAGGAAAGCUGGAUGAUGAUUUUUUCUUUGAAUUCUCAACAAAAACAUUAGAAGUUCUUCAAUUCUUACCAGAUGAAACAGUUUCAACAUUAAAGCCUCGAUGUUUUCUAUUAUUCGAUCAAAAAAUUCAUAUGAAUGAAAUUUUCAAACAUAUAUGUGUAGUGCAUGGUGAUGGAAUUAAAAUGGAGAACAAGGAAUUAGAACUACUAGACGAAGACACAGCAGAAAAUGAAUUUAAAUGGUACUUAAAUCAAAGGGAAGGAAAUCGUCAAGAAUAUAUUGCAUUUACAUUUAAAAAUGAUUUAUUGAAGGCAACAGAAUAUACGAUUCAGUUAACUCAAGACUGUCCAUCAGCCGAAGGACCACUAACGACAACAACAGAAUGGUCAGCUGAAUUUCGCACUUAUGAACCUUUAAAAAUCAUUGGUUGGUUUCCGAAUAUAAACGAUGAGGACCAAGAGACUGUUGGUCCUGGUCGAUGUUGGUCAAUUAGAUCUAAUAAUUCCUUAGAUCAUUCAACGAUUAAAAAAUCCAUAUUCAACGUCGAGCCGAUAGUCAGCGAUUUCGGUGAGCAGAGAGAAAACUCGUUUUAA